AUGCAAUCUGAUAUUAGGAAUGAAUCAGAAAAAGAUAUUUUAUCAAAACGUGGUUAUUCAUUUGUUAAAAAAUUAGGAGAAGGUGGUUUUUCAAAAAAAUUUUUACCAAGAGAAUUAGCAAUUUUAAUUAAAGUCAAUCAUCCUCAUAUUAUUUCGAUUUUAAGUAUUUAUCAAAGACGAAAUAAUAUUUAUAUUUUUAUGCGCUAUGCGGAAAAUGGUGAUCUACUUGAUUAUAUACUUAAAAAUGAUGCUGUUCCAGAAGAUCAAGCAAGAAUAUGGGUUAAACAGAUUGCAUUAGGUGUUCAAUAUUUACAUAUAUUAAAUAUAGCACAUCGUGAUCUUAAAUCAGAUUUUGGUUUUGCAUGUCAUAUUAAAUUAUUAAAUAAUUUACCAUUAUCAUAUGAAAUGAGUAAUACAUUUUGUGGUACAGAAUCAUAUGCACCACCAGAAAUAAUACAUGGUGAAUUAUAUGAUCCAAAAAUAGCUGAUAUAUGGACUUUUGAAUUGUUAAAAGGAAUGUUGGAACCAAAUCCAAAAAAUAGAAUUAAAAUAGAAGAGGUUAUAAAUUCUUCAUGGAUUGCAAUGAAUCCUAAAUUGAAAAUAUUAAAUAAUGCUGAAUAUAAUGCUUUCGAGAAAAAGGGAAAUCAUAAUUUAAAUUUUAAGGUGGAUAAAAAAAAUCGCGAAAGUUUUACUAUUUUUCGAGAAGAAGAUAGUUCCUUUAAUAUGCAAAUAAUUACAUCCGAUGCAGUCGAUGUUGUUAACAAAACUACUAACGUCUAA